AUGCUGCUCAUGGGUGCCUUGGACACGAUGGGUGCGGUGGUGACCAGGACAUCGCCGCAAGCACCUUUCAGACUGAACUCGACGGGGGCUCAGCUGAUGGUCGACGUGAACCCGACCCUGGGCAGAGCGAUGGAUGGAGGGAGUGUGGAGACCCCGACAAAGGGUGAUGGAAAAGGAAAAGGCGAAGAACGGUCUGGAAAAGAACCAGCCCGCAAGUUCUUUGGCACGGACGAUGGAUGCAAAAGUUGCACCUACAACCAUGCUUUGACUAGCAGUGGAGUGAGCUCCGGAGAUCAAGGUGGAAAGGGUAAGAAGGGUGGAGAAAAAGGAAAGACCGAUUCCCCCCCUAGCCUUAAGAAGACUGAGAAGAACGUGGAGCCUGAGAAGCCAAAGGAGACUUCUGAAGACUUCCGUGGAACAUCAUCUACAACGACAGCUGAUGGAGAUCAAGCCAAAGAAGUGGCACAACCAGCCAAGGAGCUCAUGAUGGAGGCAGCUUCCUUGUUGAAAUCGCUGAGGCUACCUUCAUUGAAGUCGAUGAGAAUCAGUUCAUUGGAGGAAAGAGCGGUGGACGGGCUCUUCUUGAUGAGCCCAUUUGUGCCAUUGGGUGUCCUGGUGGAGAUUGGCUAUGCAGUGAGAUGGGAAGGGCAGAACUUCGAGCUGACGGAUCGAGCUGGGUGCAUCGUGGACGCCAAGCUUGAGGGCUCAUGUCCGACUGUGGAUGAAGAGCUCGGUUUGGAGCUGAUCAAGGAGAUCGAGACCUACCACCUGGAAAAGAGGGCUCGACUGGCAGAUGCCAACUUCUGGAAGAAGGAGCUUGAGGAUCAUCGACGAGCAGUCUUGUGCUUGGACACGGAGCUGGACCUUCGACAAGAUCUGCAUCGAGGUGACAUCAUGGAGUUCCUACUGGAUCUGGCUGACAGUGGUCGAGCAGUGGCCCUUGUGGAGAAGGACGCCCUCUUGUGGUUGAGGCACUACUACCUCUUUCAUCGAUCAAAGAGGGUGGCUUCAAGGAGGGUGAUCUACCUCUCGGAACAGCCCGGGGACCCUGAGCACUACAUCAAGGACGAGAUCAAGAAGGAAGGAAGCCGACAACCCUGGGAACGAAUCUAUAUCAACUUCGAGAGCUUCGCAAUCUUCGAGGCCCUGGCACUAUAUGAAGGCGGAUUCAACAAUCCCGAUGCCGAAAUUUGCGGUCAAUCGAGACCUCAUCGAAAAGUGGUGACGGCGGACAGCUACAUCAGCAUCGACUUGGCCGGUCCCUACAAGAAGGGAGAAGAUCAACUUGGAGAAGGUCGUUACAUGCUGGUGGGUGUCUAUACCAUUCCGGUCGCCAAGGAUGGAAGACCGCCCAACUUGAAAGAGGAGCCUGAUCGAUGCCCCGCGGAUCGUUGCCGGAAUCCUGGAAGAGAGGGCUACGGAUCUGCGAUCGCGGGCGAGCCUCAGGUCAAUCCAGCUUGGGGAUCGCUGCCGGAACCCUGGAGGAGAGGGGUACGGAUCUGCGAAUAUCUGCGAUCGCGGCGCCUCAGGCUGAUGGCCCUGCGGAUCGCUGCCCGAACCCUGGAGGAGAGGGAUACGGAUCUGCGAUCGCGGGUGAGCCUGGGAUCGAUGGUGGCCCUGGAUCGCUGCCAGAGCACAGGCAGCGGCUUGAGACAUGGAGAGCCAGCUGCCCAAACCAUCGAAGGUGGAAUCUUUGGAGGUGAAGAACAGCAUCCACGACCCUCUGAGGAGAAGGAGCCGGAAGAAGGAGGAUCAGAAGAUCCACUGGAGCUGCAGGUGGAUGACUCUGCAGAAUCCCCCAAGGAUGAAACAGAAGACGGCGAUGAGAAAUGGAAGGCUCUCAUUGAGAGAGAGGAGAACUUCGUCAUCAAGCAGCUUACCUUCAUGGAGAUCUUGCCGGGUCGACGUGGAGCAUCAAUUUUGGAAGGAGCGUCACGGAUCUACAAUCGCCUCAGGUAUCUCAAUCUACCUCUACGACGACUUCAUAGUGAUCGAGCUGGAGAACUCCGAUCGAAGAGCCUGAGAAAAUGGACCCUUGACAGGGGUAUUCUGAGGACCUACACCGGAGGUGAUGACUACAAGACCAAUGGUCGAGCUGAGGACUGGAAGCUCACCAGAAAGAAGGUGAUGAUCUAUGGACCAGACAUUUCAAUGUCAGCGUCAAUGACCGGCUACUUCGUCCAGGACGACACUGGGAAGUUCUUCCAUACCGCGGACGUCAUCCAGCCAGAAACACAGCCAGAAGAACUUUCACUUCCAGACGUCAACCUGGGUGAGAUGCGAGAGCCUGGAAAGAGCAUGAGAAUUCACGGGAAAUCCACGGUGAUGGGCAGCCUACAAGUGCCUACUGAAGGAAGCAGAACGAAGGCGCAUCCGUGGACUUCAUCUCUUGAUGGAAGAGCUGGACCUUCAAGACACUAUGAUGACAACUUCACUGAGCCAUCCAUGGAGGAGGAACAGACUGGAGCUGAUCGAUUUGUCCGCUCUCUGCUGAUGGACGUGGAGGGAUUGGCCGGAGGUUUGAUGGAGGAAGAGAAAGCUCAGGCCAGUCUGGAAGCUGAGAAGCUGAUGAAGGAGGCCGAGGAGUGGGAAGUCGGAGCUCCGGAGUGGAUCGAAAAUGGAGGUGCACCUGUGAAAUUCUUCGGAAUGGAAAUUGAGAAGAAGCUGGACACCUACUACGUCCACCGGAAGAGCUACCUAGCAGAUCUCCUUGGCAGGUAUCCUGGAGAAGGAGGUGGAAGCCUUGGGAACAUCAAGGUGCCGCACGAAGAGGAGGACCCUAGCCCUCAAGAGGUGCAGAAGGCCCAGAAAGAAACAGGAGAACUGCUGUGGAUAGCAGGACGCACGAGACCAGAUAUCUCCUAUGGGGUGAUCCGGGUGAGCAUCAUGGGUCAGUAUGCGGCUAAACGCCCAAGAGGAGUUCAGAAGAUUGGAAAGGAGCCCAGGCAGUAUCUGAGGGUGCACACCGAUGCCAGCUUCGCUUCAAAUGGGCUUCGAAGCAUGAGCGGAGUGGUCGGAUUCUACGCUGGAGCGCCAGUGUUCUGGUUGACAUGCCGGCAGAGCUUCAUCACUCUGUCGACCGCCGAGGGCGAGCUGAUGGCGCUGUUGGAAGGCCUGACGGCAUCGAGAUGCAUCAGAUCCCUGGUGGAGAUUCGAGCUCAGGGACUACAUGAGGCCCUGGUGGAAGGUGAAGUGUCGUUGGAACAUCUUCCUGGUCAGUUUGUCACCGCUCUGAAGCUGGUGCAGGACCGAAAAUCCGUCAUCCAGCUCAGUUCCAUGAAGACCAGCGGUGGUGACAGAGCUAUGGUCACAAGGCCGCAGGACAGUUUGAGCCUAUUGGUCGUGGGAUCCACUUUGAUGAUGACACCAGUGGAGGCAUCGGAGGGACUCACCACUGAGGUGAAACUCUUGGAUGAGGCGGCCUCUCUUCCAUCAAGGAGUACAUCAGGAUUGGCGGAAUUGGAUCUCUGCUCCAUUGCCGACUACAAGAUUGCCCUCGGAGAUUACCAGCUGGUGAAGACUGGUAUUGCCGUGGAGUUGCCACCAGUGAGCGCUGGGGUGAUUGAUCGAGAUUUCGGAGGUGAAGCCAAAGUGCUACUUCGCAAUCUUUCCGGCCGUGAAUUUUGGAUGCGACGAGGAGAUCGAAUCGCGCAACUCAUUGUCUUCCAGAGGACGGAGAGGCUUCGGAAGUACUGGUCUAGAGCGGGCCAGUGA